AGCCGCACACAUUAAUAAAUUCUAGCACGUUACUAAACCAAUUCGUGUUUACAUUUGGAGCAUAUUAACAAAUCAAUAAUGGCUAUGCACUGGGAUGUUAAAUGCGACGGAUGCGAUAAGACGCACCUGAUCCACUAUCGGUACAAGUGCCUGCGCUGCGCCAAUUACGAUCUGUGCGCGAUGUGCUAUGAGAACAAGGUGGAGACGGGACGACAUAGCAGCAAUCAUCCGUUCCAGUGCCUGCUGGAUCGGGCCGCGCGCGAGCUGUUCUUCGCCGGCGAGGAGAUACCGGAUCUGUGCGCCGACAGCUUCACUUGCCCCUUCUGCGGCAAGAUGGGCCAUGCCGUGAAGGAGCUGGUCAAGCACGUACAGGCCAAGCAUCGCGGGGACACCACGCCGGUCAUCUGUCCACUGUGCAUCGCGGUGCCCUCGGCGGACACUGUACGCAUGAACAACCUGGUCAACCAUGUCUCCCUCAUGCACGGCACGGGCAUUUUGCGUAUUGGCGGUGGUGCUGGCAGCACACAGGUGCGCACCACGGGCUUUGACUUGCCACCGAUCGGACUGGGUCAGGGUCAAGGUCAGGGUCAGGGCCAGGGCCAGGGUCAGGGCCAGGGUCAGGGUCAGGAGAGUGAAAACGCCAGCCAUGGGCUACGCAGCCGCAGUCCACCACCGGAUCCAGCGCGUUUCGGCUUGGCCACCGCUCAAUGGCCAGUGAGCGGUCACAGUCUGGGCAGCAGCGCAUCCCAGGAGGAGGACUUCUAUCCGGACUCAUGGCUGCCGGAGCUAAGCUCACUCAGCGGCAGUAUGCACACCAUGCGGGACACCGAUCUCGAUCUGGGUGUCCUAGUCGACCAUCCGCAGCAGCUACGACGUGCCACGCCCCUCUCGCUGCUGCAUCAGGAGCACCAAAGCCUAAGCCAGCGCCUCAACCAGAGCCCCUCCGAGCCGCCGCAUGCAAUUGAAGAGGACUUCAGUGACAUCGAGCCCGAUGACAUUGCCGGCAAUGAGCCGACCUCGUCCAUUUAGUUGAUCCGUCCACCGAGGAUCGCUGCAAUUGCUUGGAUUCUUUUUUUCGAGUUUUGUUCAAAAUUCAUGUUUCUAUUGUUACCGCAGGCAAUUGUUUGGCUUACCAGCUGCCAAACACUAGACGCGCUCCUUUCUCAAAUAAAUGAUAUGCGUAU